AUGUGGAGAGCUCAUAUCCGCGGUUUGCUACCAUUUCCUACGCUGGUUACUAGUUUAGCUGAGCUGGCUGAUGUCCCAUGGGAGGACGAUGAUGCGACACCACCACCCCCAGAUGACGACGACAAGGAAGUCACUAUUCCAUGGGGUGGAUGGGUGAAAGAGAAGCCCUCGACCAGACGUCAUUCUCGGGCUAGAGUGGCAGUUGAGGCAGCAGAACCCUCUUCCUCCAUAGCAGCCGCAACAUCUUUACCACCACCACCACCAGCACCUGAGUCGACUUAUCUGUUGGUGCAGCACCUUCUUCGCUUUAUGGACCAGGAGGAGGAGCAUAGUGAGGAGGCGACACAGCAAGAGGCACCACCAGAGAUGCAGACCACCACUGAGGUCCAGCAGCCUCCUGAGGUCCAGCAUGACAUUCCUGAGCCACAGCCAGUGCCACCUCCAGUCCCACAGCCUGAGUGUGAGCAUGAGCCACAGCCUGGUGCGAUUGUUGACCCUAUCCUGAGCUUCAGUAGUAGCAUCGAGGACGAUGCUUGA